AUGACCCCAAUUGCCACCAAAAGGAACCCUCCUCCCUCGGACAGCGGCCUUUCUCAGGAGGGUCCCCAGCCCCCUCCCUGCCUUUCCUCAGACGCCCUUGCCCCAACCCAGGGCGCUCCCUGUCACCUCGGACCCCGGCCGCCCUCGGUCUCCCCACCGCCCUUCUCCCUCGAACCCGAGCCAUUCCCAGUGUCCCGGCCCCCCCAGCUCCCUCCGCUCGGGCCGCUCCCGGGCUUCCCGGGUUCCCCUUCUCCCUUGCACCCAAGCUGUCCCGGGUAUUCCCGAAUCACUCGCCGUCGGAUCAGAUCUUUACCGGUCACCGCAGGUCACCCCCUCUCUGGGACUCCGGCCGCUCUCCCGUCUCCCCAGGGACCUAACCCUCACACAUCAGUCGCCAGUCAGUGCCCCAGACCCGAGCGGCUGGACGUCCCAAGGGAACUCCGGUCUCACCCACUUCGGUCCGGCCCCAGCCUACCUUGCCGACGCGAACUCCGCGGCCGGGAGCCACGCCAUUCUCCCACCAGCACAGUCAGCGCGAACUCGCCGCCGCCGCCGCCCCCGCCCCGGCCCCCGCCCCGGCGCGACCCAGCCCGCAGUCCAGGCCCUCUGCCUCUGGCCUCCGCCUCCGGAGCGCCAAGCUGGAGUUUCCGCCCCGCGACGGCCCCAAACCUCAGGCCCGCGUUACAGGCACUCACCUGCCGCUGCCCGCGACUAACUCUAGCGCCACUGCCUCUACCUCGGCCGCCAGCAGCCACCUAG